AUGACGGAGGCCCAGUUGUGGGGAUUUGUUCAGCUGGUUGGUUUGAUAUUUAUCACUAGCAACUGUCGUGAAAUUGUGGCUAAUUGUCUCAAGUAUGGCUGGGUUGUACAUUGGAUCCCGAAGACGGUGAUUAAUGUACAGAACCACAUUGCCUUGGUGGUCGGGACUGGAAUGGUAGUGGUACUGGCGCUAAUUAGUUUCUGGGUAGAAGUGCGCCGAGGUGACCAGUUCUGCUCUUCGUGGGCGCCGGCUAUAAAGGAAUUGCAGCAUAUAGAAUACGAGCUUCAAAUGAGAUCCAAGAAACACAACAUCUUCAAUCUUCAUCGUGAGCUUAAAGGCCAUUACGGCAGACUCUCCGCAUCUGGUAGCGUCGCCACAGAUGGACCUUCAGGCGGUAAUGGUCCUUCAGUGGAAGGCAACUCGAUGGUAACCCCAGGAAUACUAACUGCCCUCGCAUCGGAUUCCGAACGUGUAAAUACGCCGAAAACGUCCGAUAUCAAGACUGCUGGAGACAACUCGGACGCGACCCGGAUGGACGCUGCUGGUCUCGAUGCGAACACACCAGAGGGUGUAAGGGAUGCUCUAGAAUGCUCUAGAGACCUGGACUUGCCCCCCGAUAGGGGUAGGGACGCUCAAAAGCCCCAGUCGGUCAAAAUCGAAGAGACGGUCAAAAUCCAAGAGUCGAUGGCGGUCAUCGCUGCUCCGACCGGAUCAGCUACCGGGGCUCUGGGCAAGGUAGCUCGGGAUAGAAAGAAAACUGCGGACAGCGACAUGACUACGGUGGGGGGUGAUCUGACAGGUGGGUCCGAGUUGAAGUUGUCUCCUGUCUCCGGUCUGCGGCAGCGGGGACGACCGGGUAUUUCUGAUAAGCAGAGUGUGUCGCCGAACAUAAAUUUGGAUAACGCGCAAUCGGAAUCUUCGGACGACUCCAUACGUGAAGCAGGGAGGAAACGACCCGCGGGUGGUUACCGCAAGAGGUACAUUGACCCUACGAGGAACUUUGACAUUUCAAACGUACUCAGCGUAGCCGAGAACUACAUGCGCUCUCAACAGAAAAGAAUCAACUCCAUCAAGAACGAGGUUGGCGACCUCAUGAUGAAGUCGCCGCUAGUCGCCGUCUAUAAUAGACUGUCCAUGCGUGUUACAGAACGCCACGUCGAGUUUGUCCACUCCAUAAAAGCGUUCGUCCUUUGUAGCCUAAUUUUUGGUGUUCCCUACGCUAUUGUCCUGAGCACUGCCUUUGAUCCACGUAAGCUAUUGACCAAAACGAAUGUGGCAGAAUAA